CGCACACUUCUUGGUCGGACAUUUGAAGGUUGUCCGAUUUUUCAAAUAAUCAGAUACAUGAUGUGUCCUUGUUUUCAUGGUUUAGCUUGCUCAAUGCUGAGGCCUUCGCCAUCGGUUUGUUGGAGGUGAGAAAAAGGGAAGGGCGAGUACGACGAGGACGUCGAAAGUGAUCAUCGAUUAGGCGUAAGUACAAACCGAAAUGAAAGCUGUGAUCCAAAGAGUAUUAGCCGCUUCCGUUGAAGUGGACGGACACCGAAUUUCUGAGAUCAAACGCGGCCUUUGUGUGUUGAUCGGCAUAGGGGCAGAUGAUGUUCGCGCUGACAUGGACUACAUCGUGAACAAGAUUUUGAACUUGCGACUCUUUCCGAGCGAGGUUCCAGACAACUUGAAGAAAUCUACCGAGCUUGAGUCUCACCAAUCUCCCCCGCCAGCUGAAAAUGUUAAGCAAUGGGCAAAAAACGUCAAAGAUAUCGAAGGUGAAGUCCUCUGUGUCAGCCAGUUCACAUUACUUGCCCAGACAAAGAAAGGAAAUAAACCAGAUUUCCACAAUGCUAUGCAAUCGACCUCAUCGCGAGUGAUGUACGCUGAGUUGUUAGAGCUAAUGAAGCUUUCCUAUUGUUCAGAGCGCAUCAAAGACGGCGAAUUCGGCGCUAUGAUGCAGGUGAACAUUGCUAAUGAUGGACCUGUCACCAUCACCCUGGAUAGCAAAGAAGCUCAAGCAGGUUCAAAAUCACGAUCCUGAUGGAUUACAGAGAAGUUGUUGGUCUUUAUUAUUCAAGGAAUUCUUAAGGCUACCAAGCCGCUUCCUAAUUAAAAAAAAUGAAUUGUAAAGGCAAUUGAGUGAUGUUGGCUAGUUUUUUGAUUGCAGACAAUUUUGCCUUUGUAUAUGAAGGAGUAGCCAGAGGUUGCAAGAACACUAUUGUCGAUAUCAUUAAUG